AUGAACUUUGGCAUCAUCAAUAAUCGUCGACCAGAUGCGCGGCCUUCGUCCGUCAACGCGCUUCUGGAAGAUCCUCGAAUGCGAGAGAUUGCCAAGCAAAUGGGGCUUCAGCCCAAAGAUUUUGGUAACGAGGCUAAGGCUCUUUGGAGCACUCUCAACAAGUUAUCCACGUCGGAUCCAAAACGUUAUCAGUCUUUUAUAAAUGAGCAGUUGCAGGAUGGCCCCCCGCCUUCCGAGUCACCAUCUCAUGAAUGUUUAAAAGAUGCGGCACCACCGCGGUUCUUCACUCCUGAUCCAGGCUACGUGGUCAAGUGCAUGAUGUAUCACACGAUCAAAUGUCAACGAAAAGUGACCAAACUCUUUCUCAAUAUCUGCGGUCACAAGCUCAUUGAUGUCCCUAAUUAUCCAAAUUCUGGUCGUGAAGUACCCGAAGAUACGCGUGUUAUACCCAAUACCAACAACUUGCAAGUGCCUCUUGUUGUAGGCAAGUUACGCGAGCACUGUAACAACAGUGGUGAGCUCUGCUGUGUCAUUGAUGUCGUCGUAAACCCGUGGGUUCUUCGCCGCAGUGAUUGGGAUGCAAAUUUCAAGCGGGAAGUUAUGAAGCUCGCAAUUCAGUGGGUUCAAGAAGACGCUAACGUAACUCUUGUUAUACCGUCGGGAAAGUUUAUCAAAGCACGGUACAAAAGCGGUGUGAUGGUGGGUAACGAGAUCAUUACGUCCAAAUUCCGAAUAGAAGACGCAGACAAGACCAAACAACGAAUAGAAUCACCAGGGGAUCUCCUUAAGCAAAUAAAGUUUGAUGAAACGAAGGCGGACGAGAAGUUAGUCAUCGAGCCGCCAAAACAGGCUCGUUCUGAUCAAAAGCAAAGUAUGACCCUUCAUGCCUCUACGCUUGAUGAUUCUUUAAACUCACCGAAAUUGGUGAUGAAAGCUGGCACAGGCAUCGAAAAGAAAAAAGUUUUGAUCGAGGAAUUACCGUCACCUCCGACCAAAAAUCAGACAGCACUCGGCAUCUCUACACCCUCAAAGACAGCAAACUCACAGCACAAAAGAAAAAGCAAAAGUGCGGUUAAGCGAGGAUUUCUUAACUCGACAACGUCACAGCUGUAUCCAAUGGGAUCAAAUGAAGGCCGCCCAUCGUCAGCGUAUGUCAACCUAUUAAGUCGCAGUAAGGUCGUGGAUUUGACCGGGAUGGAUCAGCAACAGAAAUCAAAACAAGAUGAACACGAAGAAGCAAUGAACUUUUUGAAACCAGCAAGGACUGCCGAGACGACUAAGAAGCAUUCUGUGACAGCAUCUGAAGAAAUUGACCACGGGGAUCACAUUUUUGAGCAGCUGUGCGAGCAAGCUGAGUCAGACUUCGGAUUCAAGCAAACUCCUUCGCAACACAAUGGCAGCAACGAUACAUCAUACAGUGACCAACUUUUUGGCGAGGGAUUCGAAGAGCUUGCGAAACUAUUGGCACCGUAA